AGAGAGAGAGAAAGAAAGAAAGAAAGAAAGAGAGAGAGAACGAGAGAGAGAAAGAAAGAAAGCUUUAGUAAAUAAGUACAGGCAUAAGUGAUAGGAAAGCGAUUUUAUGACUAUGAGGGCGAGAGCUUGGUACACAUGUGAUCAGAUUACUUUACGAAAUGUAUCUGCACAAAAAAAAAUAUUAGAGAGAUUAAAUAUGGAAUCGAGAUCAUGUUGCGCUUUAUAUACAAUUAUAGUGAUAAUAUAUUAAUUCUCAAAAUUAUAAUUUAAAAGAUUUGUGAAUUAUGUGUACAGUGCGGGUAAUCAAAGAUCCAUAUGUAUCGUGACGAUAAGACGAGAUGAUUCUCGAGAUCUAUUUGUGAGUGACAGCCGCGUACAUGAUGUAAAGAAGAAAAAUAUGUUUGGUCUCCGCUAAAUUUUCUUGUGCGCAAUUCCAAUCGGGCAGCCAUGAAAAUCCAUAGUUAGCGAGUAAAAAGUGAAAAUGGCUGAAGGUAAAAAAAGUGCUUAUGUGUGUCAAGAAGCGUCAAUCAGGUUUCUCUGCAAAAAGAAAAAUCACGGUGCUCGCCAUCGAUGCUGUAGAAGGCACGGCGGCCUUGCUCAGAAAUGUCGUUUCAUAAGUGCCCUGUGCAAGUGUAUCGCGUAUCACAAUUUCUUUGCAGUGUAAUAAUUAAAUACUGCCAAGAUGCGCGAAAAAAAUAGUGUGUGCCGUGCGUGUUUAAUUGGAGAAAAAAAAACACGAGUUUUUCUCUAUCAAGGAUGAAAUGAAAAGCAGCGCUUUACAACGAAAACAGCGCUGAAUUUAUUCUCGGCUCAGAGGAAUAAUAAGAGUGGAUUCGUGUCGUCUGUCCUUUGGCCUACAAAAUACUGCACCAGGAGUGCGUGAAAUUCGCGAAUCUCUCGGUGAAGUACUCAAUAAACUACUAUAACACUCGCCGUUACUCGCCGUUAAUUGGAACUCCACAUGAACUCGAUCCUGCCAUCUCUGUCUACUCCUACCCCUGGUCUACGUAUCCUUACAUAUUAUCCAUAUCCUUAAACUCUUUUCCAAUUAUACAAUAACACAACUUUUAAUUAACUGUACAGUUCUCCUAGACCAACUAUCCUACAUGUUCUUACUAUGAAUGCAACCUGUGCAUGCAUUUAUUACCUGCACCAUAAUGUCCUGGUAUCAGAUAUAAAUUUUCAAAAGUACAUACCUGUGGGUUAUGCCUGGCCAGCGUCUCGUUGAUACAACAUCUGUGCCUGCAACAAGAGUACACGCUUGAUUCUUGUGGAAGAAAAGUAACGUCCACUCUUGGUCUCGGUGGAAGCACAGAGAGAGAGAAAGAGAAAGUCUCACAAAUGGCACGUCGCAACGACUCCAAAAAUCAAAGUGAACUAGCUUCAUUGAGAGAAUCCGAAAACAAAUACAGGCAACAAUAUAUAGAGUCAUCUCACAGGGAGAAGAUCUUAGUAAGAAGGCUUGCCUCUAAAGAGCAGGAAUUGCAAGAGUAUAUUAAUCAAAUAGCUGAAAUGAAAGCUACCCAAGCUCCGUCCGCAGCUGCAUUAAGGUCCGCUCUAUUAGAUCCGGCUGUUAAUAUAUUGAUACAGAAAUUAAGGCAAGAGUUAAUAACGACCAAGGGCAAAUUAGAAGAUACGCAGAAUGAACUAAGCGCGUGGAAGUUUACUCCGGACAGUAAUACAGGGAAAAGAUUAAUGGCAAAAUGUAGAUUGUUAUAUCAAGAAAAUGAAGAACUUGGUCGUAUGAUUGCCAGUGGACGUAUUGCUAAAUUGGAAGGCGAACUCGCUUUACAAAAAAGUUUUAGUGAAGAAGUGAAAAAGUCUCAAUCAGAAUUAGAUGAGUUUCUGCAGGAUUUAGAUGAAGAUGUCGAGGGUAUGCAGAGCACCAUUUACUUUUUACAACAAGAACUGCGCAAGGCUCGAGAGUCUGUCACGCUACUGCAACAGGAAAAUGCGGCGUUAAAGGCAAAUACAAACGAGAAUAAUUUAUCGAACGGUUUGUCGCCGCAUACGCCACCAAUUAAAAAAGAAGAAUCAGAAGAAACUGUUAUACCAGAUACAAAACCUCCAAAACCAACAGAGGAUAGUGAUGUGUGCAAAGGUGUGAGAACUCCACCGUUAACGUCGCCCCAGAGUGAGAUUACCAGUGUCGAAAGAACAGAACGUGCAGAGAGAAAGCUUAAUCAAGCCGAUCAUAAUGAUGAGAGUUCUAGCGACUCCGCGGCGUUAAUUAUUAAGGUCGAGAACGAGGAACUUAGUGAUAGAGAAGAGGAACAGGAGGAGAAUCGGAACAAACGAAUAUUAAGGAGUAAAAAUCACAAUAGGAAUAGUGGUAAAUCGAACGGGGAGGAGGUGAUAACACGAACAACACGGGGUAGGGACAGGAUAAAAAGGGAGAAAAGUGCAGCCAGUAGUGAUGAUGAAAGGACGCACAAGAAGAAACGGAGGGAAAGCAUUCUUUCUCUUGAUUAUAAUGAAGUUGAUGACGAUGCGCUAGUUUUAACAAAUGGUGAGACUCUGCAGAGUGAUCCGGAAUGAGCGUUAGUUUAGUUUGAUUUUGGACGACAAUGACCACAGUGGUCGACCGCGAUAUGAUUUGAUAUCCACAUGUUACUAUGUACAAGAUUUUUCAUCUAAAGCAACGCCGGCUAUUUACAAGACAUUGUUCGAAUAAAUAAAUAAAUAAUUAGUCAUAAAGAAACGUAAUCAGUACCUGUAUUCGUGAUAAAUUGCAAAGGAUAAACAUUGGUCUCUAAAAUGACAACCUGCAAACCUGUAAAUACUCUUAUACUAUUAAAUUGUCGAUACAAAGAUCACGUUUAUGUCAAGUUACGUGCAAACGACCAAAAGUUGCGUAUUAUAUUGCAAAUAUAUAUCGGACGAAAAAUCUGACUAUAUUAAUAUAAUUUAUAACGGCUUAAAUGCGUUGUAAGAAAAAUCAGAACAAUCGAAUUUUGUUUGUAUUUUAUAAAUUUAUUAUAGAACUUUAUGUAAGAAAUCAGCGAAAACUUUGAUUAUCAGUAAAAAAAAAAUAAUCCGAAAGAUAUUGUCAAGAAUUAAUCAAAAAUGCCUGACCAUAUUACGUAAAUAGAUAAGUAAAUUCUAGUACUUUUGAAUAUAGACGCAUUGUGGGAUUUUCGCAUGAUUACAAUCCGAUGUACAUAUAAUAUAUGUAUAUAUAUAUUUCUGUGCAAUGUGAGGCAUGUAUCGACUGCACGCGUUUUUAUUUUGAUUUUAUUAAACGAUUGAAAAAUAUAGCAAGUGAUAAAAUAUACAAUAUUAGUCUUAGUGUGAUGAAUACGAAUUGAUCUCACAGACUGAUACAUUAAACUCGUACAUUUUUUAUUUUCCGAAACUAAACUGAAAUUUGUAUAGUGUUUGAUAUAUUUUAUAUUAUCUAUAUAUGCAAAAAUAUUUGUGUUUUAUAUCGUCUCUUCGUUUAAAAUUUGCGCUUUUAAUUUCGUUCGCAGUCUAUGCUGUAAAAAAGUGUAGAUAUCACUCAAAGUUUGCAGUAAAAAAAAAUGAAAAGUAUGCAUGAUAUUCCAUCCCAAAUUUAAUAGUGCCAUUAUUCUUAUUUAGAUACUUUAAUUCAAUAACUGCUAAGUUACAAGUGACGGAAAAUAAAAUUUUUUUGUACGCACAGAUUCCGCAAUUCAAACAUUGUGUCUUCUUUUCUUUAAAUAAUUAAGAAUAAUUAAGAAAUAACUUCUAUUUCGAUAAAAAUCCAAUCGAGUUUUAUACAUUUACUUUUUUUGCUUAGGACGAUGUAGAACAUCCCCGUAUUAGUUUACACACUUAUCACUAAAAGUAUGCUAAUAUAAAUUGUGACUCUUCAACUGCAAAACAUGAUUAUUAAAGGAUUCCUUAUUCAGACUGAA